AUGCAAUAUGUGCCUGCAAGUGAUUGGGAAGCCGAGUCAAUAACUGACUUGUCAACUUCCAGCAAGAAAUUGGAGGGAUAUAAAUCGGAAAGCUUUAUAUCCUUGAAAAUUGGAGGGCAGGCUCCGUUUGAACAAAGUAUUUGUCCAUUAGCCAAGGGCACACGCAAGGUCUGA